UUUACUUCAAUAUUUUCUCUUGGGUCACGGCCCAUCUGAAGAAACCGACCAAACCCAUUGGGACAAAAAGCCCAUACCAUAACCUUCAGACAAUCCCUCACUCCGUCCGUCGAGAAGGCUUUAGCUUCAGCGAGUAGCGGUGGUUCCGCCAUGAAAUUCACAGAUUCUCCGGUCAUACAGCUUCCGGUGGGGGACGCCGUCCUCUCCCUCCAGCAAGACAACGGUUCUAUGCACGUCGGCACCUCCGUCUGGCCCUGUUCUCUUGUUCUCGUCAAAUUCGCCGAUCGAUGGGCCUCAAUCGCCCCCACCGGAAACCCUUAUUCCUCCCUCCUCGAUUUCCGCGGCAAACGCGCCGUCGAGAUCGGCUGCGGCUGCGGCGCCGCCGGGAUGGGCCUCUACCUCCUCGGCCUCACCGAUAUUCUUCUCACCGAUAUAUCUCCGGUCCUUCCGGCCCUCAAACAUAACAUCAAACGCAACAAGCCCGUCCUUAAGAAAGCCCUAAAGCACUCUGUUCUUUACUGGAAUAACCCUGCCCAAAUUUCCGCCCUUAAUCCGCCGUUUGAUAUAGUGAUCGCUACUGAUGUCGUUUACAUUGAGGAAACGGUCGGCCCCCUUAUUUCGGCCAUGGAUGCGCUAAUUGGGACCGACGGCGUCGUGCUGUUGGGAUACCAAUUGAGGUCCCCGGAAGCCGAUAAGCUCUUUUGGGAAAUGUGCGAUAGGGUUUUUCAAAUUGACAAGAUUCCACAUCAAGAUUUGCACCCCGAUUUUGCCUACGAGGAGGCCGAUGUCUUUGUACUGAGGAAGAAGGACACGGCCUCGAGAAGUUAAUUCGUGAGUUUAAUUUUUUUUUCUGUUACAUUGAGAAUUUUAUAGGUUGGAGCAAAUACUUUCAUUUUGGUAUUUGAUAUAUGAUGAGACCCUGCUAUAUUAUAGAGUUGAAUUUGCAAGUGUUCUGUGAUUUUUGUUACAUACAAAUCAUAAUUUGCAAGAUCAAUGGUUCUGUAUUGGCUAUUUAACAACUGGCGCUCUGUUUUUCCUUUUGAGUGAUAUCAAAGUCUCUUGCUUUCUUGUGUGUGCGCA